CGAACUGCGCCUUAGCCAAACGGGAAGCCGCUUGUUCGGACGCGAGGGGUUUAAUGGGGUCUGAAGAGCCGCUUCAGACGGAUCGGGCCGUGAGUUCCUCCUGUUCGCCACGCCGAGUCUCGGCUGCAGGGCCGACUGAGCGCCAUGGCUGUGAACUCCCCGUCUCCGCUGCCCGAGCGCGCGAUCUACGGCUUCGUGCUGUUCCUGGGGUCUCAGUUCGGCCUGGUGCUUUAUUUAGUAUGGGCGUAUAUUCCUGAGUCUUGGCUCCACUCUGUUGGAUUGACGUACUGGCCUCAAAAGUACUGGGCUCUUGCCUUGCCGAUCUACCUGCUGGUUGCUUUAACAUUGAGUCUGGUGAUGCUGUUUGGAGUCAAUAUGAUCAACACAGCUCCCCUGUGUUGUGUGGACAACAUCACAGAUCACUUUGCUAAGAGUCAGCGCCUGGAUACUGUGCAGGAUGGAGCCAUUCCCAGACUGCGGGAUGUGUCUGUCACUGAAGUCAACCAUCACUUCUACCUCUCACAACAUGAACUCCAGGACCUCAGGAACCGAGUGCCCAAAAUUUCUGAUCUGCACUGAUCCAUACAGACGGGCAGCAUCCAGGAUCAGUUGUCAUCAGUCCCGGCUUUUGAGUUUGCUGAGGUUUUAGAUGCACCUUUUCCAUCACUCGCUCACGACAGGACAGGCAUUUGACUUCAAGAUGAACUCUUGCUGAAGACACGGUAAUCACAUGACCCUCAGAGCCCCCUCCCCGCCGACACCUCUCAAGGCAGUGAUGAAAAACUUUGCCCAGACUGUUACUUCACAGAAAAUCUGCACCAGCCCACAAACAGCUUGAGAAUUAUUGUAUUACCAAAGCAUGUGAUUUUGCAGUUUGUACUUGUGACUGCAGCUGUAAAAAAGUGGAAUAUACACUUUAUAUUUGUGCAGACAGUAAAUAUUGAAAAAAUGAAUAUUUGGUAUCUUUUCCUGAUAAUAAAUGAUAUUAAAGAA